UUCGUUAGCGCAAACGCAAAAGAUUACCGACAGCAUUGAAAGGUGCUAUGCCAGUAAUUGAAUUGUGUGAUGGAAGGAGACAGCCGAUUGGAAGAGGAAGAAAAAGAAUCCAUGUGAUGUGAUAAUCGGACGAGGCCUAACAUAUCUAUUUUUUUUUUCUGGUCUAGUGUGGUGAAAUAUGUAAGUCGUGUAGUGCACGUAUUGCAAACGUUGGUAAAUGUGUAGGCGUGCAUGUAUUUGCCUAUACGUGCUUGACUGCGUACAUGCAUCGAAAGCAGGUAUAAGCAGAAGUUGUCGCUAGUGCAGUGGUAAUUUUUGCAGUACUUGAAAAAAAGAAAGACAAUCAGCUAAUAGACAUUUUAUCAGCAUGAAGUGUCCAGAGAUACGACGGAUAACGUUCGCGCAUCGUCUGUUGUGAAUCAUAAUGAAGAUAUAAGUACUGGCUACUAACUAUACAAUGUACGCAUGGUGUGUAUGUAUGUACGUACAUACAUACGUACUGGCAUGCGCUGAAGUGGAGAAGUGACAAAGUAAGACUAGAUAACACGCCGUACGCGUACGGCGUGCAUGUAGUAGGUAGAGGCCCCUUGUAAACGUCGCCAGUCGCCACUGCCUAUCGCCUGUCGUCGCUCGUCAGUCUUCAGUCUAUCUACUAGAUCAGAGUCUGAGUUUGAUCACGUCCUCCGUAGAUCCAAGUCCGCGCCCUCGCCGGCGAUCGUCCGACGCCACGAUGCCGUUGACACCCCCGACGUCUUUGCCCUCCUUGUCAGUGUCAAUAUUAUUGUCAGUUUCGUUAUCCUCGUCGUCGUCAUCGUCAUCGCCAUCGCCAUCAUCUUCAUCAUCAUCAUCAUCAUCAUCAUCAUCACCAUCAUCAUCAUCAUCAUCAGUAUCAUCAUCAUCAUCGCCGUCGUCGUUGCCGUCGCCGUUGUCGCUGUCAUUGUCUUCGCAGCUUCCGUUGCCGUUGCCACCGCCCGUACACAGCACCACCACCGCAGAGCAAACCGUCGACGCGCCUCGAUCUCGCUACGUCGCGAUGUAGCUUUCCCGUCGAUUCGGUUUAUUUUUUUAUUAUCGAGUGUCCGUAAACGUUGACACUAUCCGUACCACAGAAAGAAGGGGUUAGUUUCCAUGUCGGAAGACUCGGGCUUGUUUGCGUCCAACGAUAAUAUUCGUUCAAGUGCCUUUUUUUAAUCUUAUCAUUACUACUGUAAGCAAGACCUAUACCAAAACCAAUACCAAAAUAAGAAUAUCCAAUGAAUAAUACCGGAACGUUGUGACAGGCCGCCUUGCAUCCUUUUCUUGUGGAACCUCACUGGUGUGGAAAAUUUGUAAUGAAAUCGUUAAUGAGUUAACGAGAUAAACCAACCCACCAGGUAUACCUCAGAUAUCGAGGACAGCCGGUCAGGUAUAAAACGGAACUGGGGACGUUCUUUCACACAAAAAAUUAGACUUAGAUAAGACCAGUGACCUAGGAAGGAAGCGUCCCGUUACAGUCUGCAAUCCGCUCGACAUAAUGUCACAAUUGAAUAUAAGUUCGGGAAAGCGAGGCCGUGGAGUACCGGGCACCUCAGCAUCGGCAGCCUCUGCAUUGAGCAGUUCUGCGGAUCUAGCCAGCCUCUUCGAAUGCCCCGUGUGCUUUGACUAUGUCUUGCCACCUAUACUGCAAUGCCAGAGCGGUCAUCUAGUAUGCAGCAACUGUCGCCCCAAGCUCAACUGUUGUCCCACUUGUCGGGGUCCCCUAGGUAACAUCAGGAACCUGGCAAUGGAGAAAGUAGCGAGCAAUGUAAUGUUCCCCUGCAAGUAUUCGACAAGCGGUUGUACUGUAUCUCUUGUCCACACGGAAAAAGCUGAUCAUGAGGAUGCUUGUGAAUUUCGACCCUACAGUUGCCCUUGCCCCGGUGCUUCUUGCAAGUGGCAGGGAUCUCUCGAACAAGUCAUGCCUCACCUUGUUAUGAGCCAUAAGAGUAUUACCACCCUUCAAGGUGAAGACAUCGUAUUUUUAGCAACGGAUAUCAAUCUUUCUGGAGCAGUAGAUUGGGUUAUGAUGCAGUCAUGUUUUGGUCAUCACUUUAUGCUUGUCUUGGAGAAACAAGAAAAGUAUGAUGGACAUCAGCAAUUCUUUGCCAUUGUUCAACUAAUUGGUUCAAGGAAACAAGCUGAAAACUUCGCGUACAGAUUGGAAUUAAAUGGUCAUAGACGACGGCUUACGUGGGAAGCUAUGCCAAGAUCUAUCCACGAAGGUGUAUCUUCUGCUAUUCUUAAUUCCGACUGCUUAGUGUUUGAUACGUCGAUGGCACAAUUAUUUGCCGAUAAUGGAAACCUUGGGAUCAACGUGACCAUUUCUAUGGCCUGAAAUAAACAAAUGAUCAGAUAGCAAGCAAAUGAACAAUGCU